AUGCGUCACCGCGGCGCGACGAAGGAUGACGAAUUUCGACUUCAAAAGCGCCCCUUAAAUUCCCAUGAAAAUGAAGUGUACGUCUAUGGACACUUCGCAUGGCUGAGAGCUGCACGGGUCCAAUUUUGUAAAUCCACACCCGACCCAACCCGCUUAAAACCCAACCCGACACCCGACCCGAAAUCAAAUCAGUUUCCCAGUGAUACAGGCUUGAGGAAGCAAUGGAAAGUUGCUAUAAGACGCAAGGGUUUUGUUGUGACUGAGUCGUCAAAGCUCUGUAGUGAACACUUCAAGCCUGAUGAUUUUGACAGGAUGGGUCAGAUUGUCAGGCUUAGAGAUGGUGCGACCCCAUCUGUCUUCAACUUUCCAUGUCAUCUCCAAAGAGACCACUCCUAUGCAUUGCCCAAUUCUCCUACUCGUCUAAAGGCCAGACUCACUGAAGCUUUGGCUAGAGUGGAGAGUCUAGAGCGGGAGAAGCAAAAUGCAAAGACCCGGGAACGGAGAGCAAAGAAAACAGUAAAGAGUCUUCUGGUAGAUCUGAAGGAAAAGGAGUUGAAUGAAAGGCUUGGCUUCCACUCUGGUAAAAAUAAAUUGAUAAUACAACCUUGA